GUUUAAAAAAUUCGGCCCCCUAAUAUAGUCAAUAGAAGAAACCAAUCUCCAAUCCCUUCUGUUACCCCAAAAAAGAAAAAAAAGGAAAAAAAAAAAACAAUUUCCUUGCUAUCUUCGAAUUGAUUGAUACGCGCUCGAGCCCUAGAGUUCAAUCUAGGGUUUCUUGCAUUUUAUUUCUAUCUUAAAAUUUUGCUUUCAUUCAGUUCAGGGGGUUAAUUUUUUUUAUUUUUUUCACUCAAUUUUAUUUUUUGUUUUGUGAAUUGGAAUUUGGUAAAGAAAAUGGUGUGGGUGUUGAGAAGCUGCAUCCAAUCGAUAUUGAAGCUGGUGAACUCGGUGAUUGGGAUGGCUGGGUUAGCCAUGAUUCUAUACUCCGCUUGGAUGAUUAGGGUUUGGCAGAGGCAGAUGGGUGAGCUUCCAUUUGCUCACGAUUCUGAUUACCCACCUCCGUGGUUCAUUUACACCUUUCUCGGCCUUGGAGUUACGUUCUGUGUGAUCACUUGUUCCGGUCACAUUGCUGCUGAAACUGCUAAUGGUUGUUGCCUGUAUUUGUAUAUGUUGUUUGUGGUUUUGCUUCUCAUGGUGGAGGCUGCAGUAUCUGUUGAUGUAUUUCUAAACCGGGACUGGGAGAAGGACUUCCCUAAGGAUUCCUCGGGGAAUUUCGAUCAGUUCAAGAAUUUCAUCAAGUCAAACUAUGAAAUGUGCAAAUGGAUAGGCCUUUCACUUGUUUCUGUACAGGGACUUUCUUUAUUAUUGUCAAUGAUACUCAAAGCUCUUGGGCCCCUUCAAUAUUAUGACAGUGAUGAUGAAUAUGCUCCAGACAGAGUGCCACUCUUGAAGAAUGCCCCACCUCCUUAUGUUGUUGUUGAUCCAGUAUAUGGGCAUGGGCCUAAAAAUGAUGCAUGGAUUAGGCGACAAGAGAAAUAGGUAAGGCCAUUGCUUUCAGUUGAACCUUGACGUUUGGAAGCAUGGAGAGGCAGGCGAGACAAUUCUUUUUAAUAUUAGUUGGCGUAGUUGAGGAUCUGUUAGCUGGAGAUGGAUUAGCUAUUGAAUUGAUGGCAUUGAGAGAAACAAGUGCUUAUCAUGACUGUUGCAUCUGUUACACCAAACUCAUGCAGUUAUGAGCAAAUGUUUGCAUUACAUGUUUGUAGAUCGUAUAUAAAGUUCAGAAUCUCUUGAUGACCCCCUGCAUCUUCUGUUGAAAGUAUCUCAGGAAGCUGGAUUAACAUAUAUGAAUAAAUAUUCUUUUGGUUAACCCGGU